AGGAGGCGAAACGUCCUGCAUUCAUCACAGAAGGAAAAAAAUAAAAUGGCGAUGUGGUAGUAAAAAACCUGUUGCUAUAUACACAACUUUAGAUUUGUCGGUGUUUCUGAUAAUAUAUCAGUGGCUGUGAUCAUGGAGAACGAAGGGUAUUUGAACAAGCAAAAUGAAGAUGAGGAGCUUAAAGGACCCAUCAUCAAAACACUGAAAUCCAGACAUAAAGGGCCAGUGGAAGAUGGAGUGACAACCGUAGAUAUAGGCCCACUGUGUAGGAAGCUGGGUCUGGCCUGGCUAAUGACCAACCCAUAUUUGUGGUGUGUCAAGGAUAUUUGUGGAUGGGUGUGUGCCAUCUUUACAUGGCUGCUUGUUCUAUAUGCUGAAUAUGUCGUUAACUUUGUCAUGUUGCUCCACAACCCUAAUACAACAUGGAGUAUAAUCAAUGGCGUAAUAUUCCAGUUCUUUGCAUUUAUGGCAAUAGCAUCACAUCUCCGUUGUAUGUUAUCGGACCCUGGUGCUGUGCCAAAAGGAAAUGCAACCCAUGAAAAUAUAAAAAGGAUGGGAUUAGCAGACGGACAAAUUGUUUUUAAGUGUCCGAAGUGUGUUUCCAUUAAACCAGACCGGGCUCAUCACUGCAGUGUUUGUCAAAGAUGCAUAAAGAAGAUGGACCACCAUUGUCCAUGGGUAAAUAACUGCGUAGGAGAAAGCAACCAAAAAUUCUUUGUUUUAUUUACAAUGUAUAUAUGUAUCAUAUCAUUCCAUGCACUCUAUAUGGCGAUUCACCAUUUUAUUACCUGUGUUGGAAGGGAGUGGAAAACUUGUUCAGGGGUCUCGCCACCAGCUACAACAGUUUUUCUUAUUUUCCUCAUUUUUGAAGCACUACUGUUUGGAAUCUUCACAGCUAUUAUGUGUGGGACACAAGUGUCAGCCAUUUGCUCAGAUGAAACAGGAAUUGAAAGUCUAAAAAGUGAUUCAGGUCACCAGAAGAAGGGCUACUGGAUGAGUCUGAAGGCCACAUUUGGUCACCCCUUUACUUGGAAAUGGUUUUCUCCUUUCAGCACACCAAAGUUUGCUUAUUCCAAACCAUAUUUACAUUGUGUUUAACCAAGGACUUGCAAGGAAUGGUAUAUCAAGUUGAUCAAGAUAAUUACAAAAAAUCUUUUUAUGUUUUAUUUUAUUUUUAUAUAUUUGUAUUUUGUAUUGUUAUUGUCUGUUAUUUAUGUUGCCAUUGUAUCAUGUUAAAUGAAUGUGUUUCUCCAUAAUGAUUUUUAUAUAAAUUCAUCCAACAUG